GCUUCCUCUCUUCUUUGACUCUGAAUAUUCAAACCGCUUUUCUCAUCUACGAGAUUUCUCCAGUUCCUCAAAUCCAUGCUAAUGUAGUUAGGCUUAAUAUCAGCGGCUUAGUAUUUUAUUAUCUUUUUCAUGUCCUUGGAUCCUUUAUGUCAAAGAUUACAACUCGUUUGAUGUGAUCAAAGCAUAAACAAAUCAUAAAGGUCAAAGUAGACAAGUUGUAAUUAUAAAGCAAACAAUAAGCUAAUCCACAACGACCUGUUCCCUUUCCCCAUUUGUAUAAUGAAGAAACGGCGCUACAUGAUCCUUGUUCCCUUCCUCCUGGCAACCGCCGUCCACGUGGCUUCCGCCGUGGAUUUCCUCUUCAACGGCUUCUCCUCCUCCGACGUCUCCCUAUACGGCGUGGCCACCGUGGAAUCCCGCAUCCUCACCCUCACCAACGACACCAAUCACCAAAUCGGGCGCGGCCUCUACCCCUCCCCAAUCCCCACCAAGCAACCCAACUCCUCCCUCCCUCUCCCCUUCCACACUUCCUUCAUCUUCGCCAUGGCGCCCUACGCCGGCAAGCUCCCCGGCCACGGCAUCGUCUUCCUCCUCGUCCCCCAUCUCGGAAUCGACGGCGCCACCUCAGCUCAGCACCUGGGCCUCUUCAAUUUCACCAACAACGGCGACCCCAACAACCACGUCUUCGGCGUCGAGUUCGAUGUCUUCAAGAACGACGAGUUCGGAGACAUCGACGCCAAUCACGUCGGCGUCGAUGUCGACUCCCUCGCCUCCCUACAGUCCCACGAAGCCGGAUAUUGGCUCGACUCCGACCACGCUUCCUUCAAAACCUCCCCUCUUAACAACGGCAAGAAUUACCAGGUUUGGAUUGAUUACGUUGACGGAACCCUCAACGUAACCAUGUCCCCCCUCGGAAUUAACAGACCCAACAAACCCUUACUCACUCUUCCUCUCAAUCUCACCCCUGUUUUACUGGAUGAGAUGUAUGUUGGAUUCACCGCAUCCACCGGAGCUCUGGUUCAAAGCCACAAGAUCCUAUCUUGGAGCUUCAGCAACACCAAUUCAUCGCUCAGUGACAGCUUGAUCACUUCUGGUUUGCCAAAUUUCGAGCUUCCCAAAACCCCAUUUCAUAAAACCAGAGGCUUCAUUGCAGGUGUGUCAGCUGGGCUCACAUCCAUCUUCAUUGUCUCCAUCAUUGUUACUUUCUUGUUGAUAAAAAGGAACAGAGAGAUACAGAGGAGAAGAGCAGAAAUGGAGGAUUGGGAAUUGGAGUAUUGGCCCCAUAGAAUUAGUUACCAAGAAAUCGAAUCAGCAACCAACAAUUUCUCAGAACAAAACGUGAUCGGCCUCGGCGGAAACGGCAAGGUCUACAAAGGCACAUUACCUGGUGGCGCGGAGAUCGCGGUGAAGCGAAUCUCCCACGACAGCGCCGAAGGAAUUCGAGCGUUUCUUGCAGAAAUAUCAACACUCGGACGCCUCAAACAUAGGAAUCUGGUUGGAUUGAGAGGCUGGUGUAAGAAGGAAAAGGGCAGCCUCAUUGUCGUCUAUGAGUAUAUGGAAAAUGGGAGUCUUGAUAAGUUUGUAUUUGAAAUGGCUAACCAAAGAAUAAGCUUCCAAGAAAGGAUAAGAAUUUUAAAGCAAGUCGCUUCCGGUUUAUUAUACUUGCAUCAUGGAUGGGAGUCCAAGGUUCUACACAGAGACAUCAAAGCCAGCAAUGUGUUACUCGACAAAGAAAUGAACGCUAGAGUAGGCGAUUUCGGGCUAGCCCGGAUGCACGACCAUGACAAGGUGGCCGGGACAACGCGUGUGGUUGGGACGGUCGGGUACUUGGCGCCCGAGGUGGUGACUAGCGGGAGAGCAUCCACCCAGACCGAUGUGUUCGGGUACGGAGUGCUGUUAUUGGAGGUGAUGUGUGGGAGAAGGCCGAUAGAGGAAGGCGCCCUGCCAUUGCUGGAUUGGGUGUGGGAGCUUCUGCGGAGGGGGGAGUUGAUGAAGGCGGUUGAUGUGGCUGCAUUGAGGGGAGGAGCGGAGGAGGAGGCGGCGGAGGUGGAGAGGGUGCUUCAUGUGGGGCUGCUGUGCGCACACCCAGACCCGAAGGCAAGGCCGAGUAUGAGGCAGGUGGUGAAGUUUUUGGAGGAGAGGAGUGAGGUUAAUGAAGCGGAGAUGGAAGAGGAUAUGCAGAUGCAUCUAUUGAACAAGAUGAAGACUGAUCAGUUUUGGCCUAUGUAUCCUCAUUUUUUAACCAGUGGCUCUUCUUCAUCUUCUCAUCCAACGUUUGAAGACUUUAGGAAGGGUAUGUCCCAAAAUACCAUGUCACUCUCUUGGUCUACUACUAUUGUUGUGGGUAGGUGAUCAAGAAUGUUGCUUCUUCACUCUUUCUUUUGGUUGUUCAUAUGUUGAUUCUUGUAAACAAUUCUCUCUUUUUUUCUUUUUAAAUUUUUGAGUGUGAGUAGCAGAUGAAGUAGUGUCUCGUAUAUAAGCAAUAGCAGAUCCAAGUGGUACGUGGGUCGACUGAUCCAUUGGGAAAACUCCAUUAAAAUCCACUUUUUGAGUUGUUGUCCCGAUGGUGCGACAACUCCGCUCUAAUCCUUCGCGGUCGGCGUUUACUUCCCUUUUCAUCCGCCAUCACUGUCUUUGUCUUCAGACGUCGGCAAUGACUUUCUUCACUUUGUUCGAUCCUAUAAGAUUUGUGUAUUGUAUAUAAGAUUUAUGGAAAUAUAUGCAUGGAUUCUUCUCAUUA